UUUCGGGAUCGGGCCAGAAGGAACGUGGAUUUCAACGACGACGAUGGCCUCGAGACCAAUCGUCCAUCUGCUAAUCGCCUGCGGAAUUCUCGCCGCGACAAUGUCACUCAAUCAAAACAGCAGAUUCUCGAAUCAGCUGUUCGACAAUCAACUUAAUCGCGGUCUGCAACAAUUCUCACCGAAACGUGGCCAAUCCACGUCGUGUCCGGAGAAGAACGGUCGUUUUCCGGUACAGAAUCAGUGCGAUGCUUACAUCGAGUGCAUCGAUGGGAUCGCUGAGGAAAAGUUAUGUCCUGAAGGUUUAUUCUUCAAUCCUGAAGCUCGCUUCAAUUAUCCCUGCGGAUAUCCGAUCGACAUAGACUGCACGGGCAGGCCGAAUUUGCAGCCGGCAAAUCCAUCCAACGAUUGUCCUCAUCAAUAUGGCUACUUCAAGAUCGGUGAUCAUCAACACUGCGGACAGUUUAUGAACUGCGUGGAUGGCAGAGGUUACGUGUUUGACUGUCCGGAGGGUUUGGCCUUCAAUCCACAGAGUUAUCGAUGCGAUUGGCCAGAUCAAGUCCCGGACUGUGAUGCCGAGACUUUCCUUGGCUUCCGUUGUCCGGAGGUGAGGAACGAUUUCUUCUUGGACGCCGAAAUUAAAUUUUAUCGUAGCCCUGCUGACUGCCAUCAUUAUUAUAUUUGCGUAAACGGCCGUCCGAGACUGCAAAAUUGUGGCAUUGGAAAUGCUUUCAACGAGCUCAUCGACACUUGCGACGCUGCGGAAAAUGUCACCGGCUGCGAACACGAAUCAAUAGCAAGAACCACUCCAUCUUACCAACGGGCUAGGCUGUUUUAAAUUCUGAUAGAAUUGAAGAAUGGAAAUAAAAAUUAACGGCAUAGUAAUUGCGAAAGAACAGAGAUCAAGAAUUUCAAAUAUUUCGAGAUAUGUAAUAUGAUUUAUUUUCGACAUAAUAAAAUACCACGCAAAUAAUAAUCCGUAUAAGAAUGAUUUAAAACUGUUAUGUUGAUUAAUGAGAAUAAAAUAAAAAUCCAAUUGCCAUGCCGUGCGCUGAUGCCAUAAAUAAUGUAUAUACUAUCGCUUUAAGAAUAUA